UUUGAUUUAGAAAAUACAAAUUUCUAGUUUUUUUUAUUUUCCGAAAAAUGUUUAAACCAAAUUUUCUAUUUAUAUUGGCGAUUAUUUUUCUGAUUGGCCUAGAUAAUGCGCGCUCAUCGCCACUAAAAAAAAAUACGCCUGCCAGCCCGGAAGAUAAGACUGCGGCAGCAGCUGACCUGGACGACGAGUCCGCAUACGAUGAUGAAGAAGAAACUAAGGCAACAGCCGAUGAUAAGAACAACAGCACAACGGCAACAGCCGAUAUUAAGAAAGAGACUACGGCUGCGACGACUGUACAAAGUGCAAGGACGACGGCAACAGUUGACGAGACUGUGUCCAAAUCUAACACUGCAGAUCCGAGCACUUCGACUGUCAUGCAUUUAUUUCCGCACAAAGCUACAGCAUCAACUAAUACUAAGCUGAGCGAGUCGGAUGAAGAUUAUCAAUACAAGGAUCUUCCAGAGAAAUCGAAGCCAAAAACUGUAAUGAAGAAUCCUAUUUUAAGCGAUGAAGGCGAGGAAGCAGCUCCACCAGCUGGAGACGCUGCAGAAGCCGGAGCAGCCGGAGCUGAUGGCGCAGCCGCAGCUGGCGCUGAGGGUGCAGCUGGAGCCGCUGCAGGGAAUGGGACAGCUGGAGCAGCUGGCGACGGCGGCGGUGGCGGCGGCGCCGCCGGCGGCAAGGACGUGACUCCCAGCGGACCGCCCAAGUUUUUCAGGGAUCAUAUGGGCAACUGGGUGUACAAUCUAUGGGGCGCUACCCUUGGCAAAGUCGGGCAAGAUUCGCGCUAUCCCGAAAUGCGCACCAUAGAGCACUUCAAGAUUGACUCGAAUGCAGCCAAAAAAUACUAUCCAGAUGGAGAACUAGCGACCGUUUGCAAGGACAGUUCCACCAUCUACAAUGUGCCCCGUGUUAAAAAUUGGAUUGCACGAAACGUCUAUAGUAAAGAGAUUAAAGGCCGGCCCAUCUGGAACGAGCUGCGGCGUCACAUCUACACGAAGGGCAACUCCGAAGAGUGCCACGACAGCGAGAAAUUUGGCAAGUGGAGGGACUAUCAGGAGUGCGCAAUCAGGCGCAACAUGCGACUGGAGCACAUAAUACCCAUGUAUCCCAUGCACCAAAUGCGAAACUAGAUCAUCCGUUGAUGGCCAUUCACAGUUGUCUUUACUGUUCUUCAUCAUUUAUUUUUUUUUUUUUUCAUCGCAAUGUUUUUGUUUUUAUAUUUUGGAAGU